AUGGCAUUGGCAGUCAAGGUGGCAUCGUUGAUAGAGUCUACGGAGGAGCCACAGGUCAAGAGCAAUACUGAUUGGAUGAUACAAGGCCUAUCAGAAGCUGUGCGAGAAGGAUACAGCUAUCUCGCAACCAAUUGGGAGGUUGGCGAUGAGAUCUUCUUAUUCGGCUUCAGUCGCGGAGCGUUUACCGCACGCGCUAUAGCUGGUCUCAUAAACAGUGUUGGCAUGCUGACCAAAACUGGUCUUCCGUACCUGGCAGAAAUCUUUCGAGAUGUUCAGCAUAGACAUGAUCCAGACUAUAAGCCCAAGCACCCGAAUAGGCCAUUCAAGGACAAGCCAAGUGCCAUGGAUCCGAGGUAUGGUCGCGAGCUCGAGAGAAGAGGUUUGACACGACUUCAAGUCCCAAUCAAGGUGGUCGGUGUUUGGGACACUGUUGGGUCACUAGGAACACCGAGAAUUAGCUGGCUGGAGAAGCUAGGUAUUCAAAGCUCGGCCAGUAAGCGAAUGUCCUUUUACGAUACACGACUGUGCGAUUGUGUCGAGUAUGCCUUCCAAGCCCUAGCCUUAGACGAACGCAGAUCUUCUUUCUCACCAGCUCUUUGGGAGAAGAAACCCGGCAACAUGUGUGUACUUCGCCAAGUCUGGUUUCCAGGUGUACACUCCAAUAUCGGCGGUGGGCUUGACGAUCAAGAAUUAGCCAACAUUACUCUAGCCUGGAUGAUGUCUCAAGUAGCGCCAUUCCUUGACAUGGAUCUGGACUACGCCUUGGAUCAACAAGAUGACACUGAACAAUACUACAAGGAGACGAAACAAAAGCCACGCACCUGGUCAUUCGGAAAAAUCGUAGAUUCAAUGGUUGGUAUCUACGCUAUAGGCGGCGCAACGACGCGAACUCCCGGCAGAUAUUACGUAGUAGACCCCAACGACGGCCGGAAAACUGAUAUCCCGCUAGAGUCAACCCACGAAUACAUCCAUCCAUCAGUACGCACCCGCUUUCGCCUCAAAGGACCCGGUGUAAGUGACACCGGCCUCUACGAGCCAAAAGCCCUCCGAGACUGGAAGUUGUUCGUUGACUACGACAGAGAAAAGGGUGGUCGACCGGACGUAUUCUGGAAGCUGCGGACAUCCGAGAGGAAUACUACGACGAGAACUAUACCGGAAGCGCCGCUUCUGCCACUUGAGAGGGAGUUGCUGGAGAUCGACCCUGAGAUGGAGGAAUUCGUUCUCAGACCUGCACCUACUGCGAGAAAUAGUGUCAGGCGCGCGCGUGCAGUUAGUCGAAGCCAGAGCCGUAGACGAUGA